AUGGAACUUUGGCUUACUGCAGCUUUUUUUAUAAUUUUCGUGCAAUGCGCAGCGAAUGGGGUCAACAUUACCAACAACACACAUGUAGUUCGCGCCGACAAAAACGGUGAAACAGUUGUAUGCAAUCAGUACGUUGGACAGGGCGCUGAAACUAGCGAGGCUAUCAAAAAACUUGAUGAAAAGCUUUCAAAAAAGCUGGACCAGCUAAUUAAACUGCUACAGCCUUCUCCUACUCCAGCAAAUCCUACUCCACGAAAUCCUACUCCAGGUAAGAAUGUUUUCUUCACAAUUCGUUCUAACACAAUGUAGUUUUUUAUUUAUUAUGUGAUGAAUCUUAAAAAAUCCUAACCUUACUCAAGCUCACGGAAACGCGAGGAAAUUCAACUUGACACAAGACAAAGACAUUUUGCAAUACUCCUUAGUGUUUUUUUUUUCUUGUCCUUACAUAUUUAUUUGGCUGAAUUAGUGGUAGAGCAUAAGUAAUUUAAGGAAGCCGACGGUGCGGAAACUGAACCAUAAAACUUAGUGGUCGCGGCAUUAUUCAGCUAGGGUCCUUUCAUUGUCGCCUACAACAAUGUACACGUGUUAAUUAAUCAACAGCCGUCUUGGAUUCAGUUUUAAAUUGUUUUCUGUACGUGGUCUUAUAUCAUUCUCUAAUUCCCAACAGCUUCAACGUGCAAGGAGAUUUACGACAAGAAAAUGUACGUAUAGAAGAUUUAAGAUACACUAUUACACUUCAUUUUCCGAAACACUUUUCCGCCGUCUAUGGACACAGAGCUAAGCCAGAAAAUAUCAUCCCCCUUCAAACCAGACAAAACAAAGUUUCCAAGGCGCGAGUAUAAGAUGACGUGCACCAUUGCUUGUUCAAGAAAACGGAGAGAAUUAAGACCCACAAAGGACAAAUGAUCUAUUUUGUUGUUGACUCGACAGCACAGGGUUUAUAUCAAGUGAUGACGAAAAUCGUUUCAACAAAAACUAAAGUUGCAGGAUAAAAUUACCGUAAAGUGACGUAGCUAAGAGGGAGAAAUAAACUGUGCACCAUUUUAGUUGAAUGUUCCUCAAUUUCGAAACCAAGAAUCUGAUAACGAAAUAAGAGACGGAUGCAACCGAAAAUAUGAUGUGAAAAUUAUUACAACAAUAAAUCAAUUCUAGAAAUACAGUAUAUGUCUUUAAGAAAAUAGACUUCAAGGUUGCAAACGAAAAUUGAAUAAAAUUGAAUGGAGCCAAAACCAACUGUGGAAAUAAAGCAUCCCACUGAUGAACUGUUACGACUCAUAUACAUUUUCAGCAAUAAAAAUUUGCUAUCUGUCAACUUCGAAUUGGUUCUUUAUUUUUGUCAAGAAGAGAACUGUCCAUCGCCAAAGUCAGUAAUGACAACGUUAAUCAAAAUUCUCAAAUUAUCUACAGUCGAGCACAUCUUGCGAUUUCUUCACAGCUCAUAUGAUGUCUCUUUGACAAGGCAGAUAAUUUCUGUUCGGAGAUUUUCCAUUACUAUGGCGCCCUUACUAAGACAGUCUUCUCUAAUCCAAUAUAAGCGAAAUAUCCCAGGAACAGGUGAACUAAUGAAGUUGUAUGUUUCAUUAGGUCCAAAGGAAACAAAGAGUAUUUGCUUGAUGUUGGAUCCAGGAAGAUUCCCGUAUAUUGUCACAUGACCAAGCAUAUGCUUGAUGCAUGCGGAGGAGGUGGAUGGACGCUGGUCAUGAAAAUCGAUGGCUCAAAGGUACUAUCAGUAAAAUAUCCUCACUAGUAGCUCGGUCUUUUACCACUUAACUGCCACUAUAAACUGAAGGUAAACUUUCAGUACAAGUCAAGAGUCUAACGCAAGUAGAAAAAAGAAAAUCUAGUAGUGUAGGUUUAAAAAGUGUCAGCUCAAUGAUGUAUCAAUUCACUGUUAGUACCAGACAAGGUACUAAGAGAAUAAUAUCCCAGGACAAAAUUAGUAAACAACAAGAUGUAACUGUACCAUAUAAAAUAGCAAAGCGACAGUAAUUUAUAUAAAUGUUUUUUUUUUCUUUUUGAAAUGCACCCAGAAAACCUUUCACUUCAAUUCCAAUCUCUGGAGCAACAAAGCCGACUUCAACCUUCCAGGAGGGAAGACUGGGUUGGACACUCACGAGACCAAGUUACCGACUUAUUGGAACACACCGUUUAACAAGAUCUGUCUUGGAAUGAGGGUUGGUCACCAGUUCACCUCUGUUGUCAUCAACCAUCAAGCCAGAUCCCUGUUUUUCAUGAUCGCAGAUGGCAAAUACCGAGCUACUUCAUUGGGCCGUAACACGUGGAAGAAGCUCAUUGGGUCUCGGGCCUCGUUACAACCCAACUGUAACAAAGAGGGAUUCAACGCCAUAUGUACCAAUACUAGCAAAGCGAGAAUUGGUAUCCUUGGAAACAACGAAAAUGAAUGUAACAGCUGUGACUCCAGGAUCGGGUUUGGCACUGGAAGCCCUCACGAUGACUCUAACACGUGUGGCAAUGAUGCUAUAACCGGGGGAGAUAAUGGCGACCAGCACAUUAAAGCCAUGGGAUACAUAUUGGUCCAAUAACAGCUGUAAUGCCGAGAAACAACCCUCAAACGGCCUUGAAAUGUAACUAAGGAACUGUUGAUUUCUGAUUGUAAGCGGUUUAAAUGAGAAUCUUAAAUAAGGGAGUUGUGAGACUGAGAUGAAAUAAAAGGUUUCAUUGACAAGACAAGAAACUCAGUUUCUUAAUGAAUGUGCUUUUGUUGAAUCAUUUCCAUCACACAAGUAUCGUCUCAGGUCAAAACUGACUGAAUCAGGAAACCCACCAAGGAACGGAGUUUUUCGUACAUUAAUUAAAGCGACGGUUACCACAGGUAACGGGCACCCCAACCGGUUUUCACGAUACUUUUCAUACAAAAAAAAAGCAAGAAAAGAAAAAACAAAACAAAAAUUGUACAUUGUUUUACAGCUGCAAAUUCAUUUUCCUUUCACUUAGACUUGCAGGAACAAUAAGAAGAGCAUAAGUCAAAUCUGAAAAGGAGCAUAACAACUUAUGGCUUUUUAGGCUUGAAAAUCUAAAAUUCCAAUAAGCUCUGCUACCAUUCUCUCAAAGAGCUACAUUUCCUUAGUGGCCGAAACUAAGCAAUUUUCUCGAAGAGCUUAUGUGACCGCAAGUACACUGUACCAAAAUGUAUUACGAAUUUAUCGUUUUUUACAAUCAUUUGUUUAGAUAGUUAAGUUUAGGUCACAUAUACAAGAGAUGUGUAUAAACACAAGUAAGAAGAUUGGAGUCCUGUCACCUUUAGAGGAUAGUAUUUCUACAGAAACUAAACUUCAUUUGUAUAAAUAUGCAAUUUUACCUAAUUCAACGUACUGUCAUACAGUACGGCACUUCUGUGCAAAAUCGGACAGAAGAAAACUCGAAAGGAUUCACAAGAGCGUGCUCUUCGCAUUGUAUUUAGGGGAAAAUCUGCCACAUGUGAAGAACUCCUCAAGAAAGCUGGACUAACUACUCUAUACAACCACACGCUUCAAGAUAUAGCUAUAAUAGUGUAUAAAGUGAGACACAAACUGUUGUCUAGUUAUGUAGUGAAUAUUUUUGAAGAAAAUGAAACCAGCUAUCAGCUUCGUACUGAAAACGACUUUAAGAUACCGAGAUUUCAAUCUGAGAUAUCAGGGUCCAUAUUUGUGGUCUAAAUUAUCUCGUGCAGAUGUAAAUAGAAGGAAUAUAAGACGAAGAGACUUAGCAAACGUACUUGAGGACCAUUGUGAAAUUAAUUUAUGAUCAUUUUUUUUUUAAUUAAUAAGAAUCUUUGUACACGAUAAAAACGGGAAGAUGACUUCUUUAUGUAUGGUGUCUAACAGCAUGAACUUAUUUCAUAAUUCGUGACUUGCAUGGUUAACCUACGUCCUACACUUUCUUGUUUCCACGGCGUAAUUUUGCAAUAAAAACAAACUAACUCUAAAAAAUCUCCGGAUACAAGAAAAAGUAAAAACGACGUGGUUAUGGAGUUGGUGUAAUAUAGCAUGAACUGAUUUUCAAUGGAUAUCAACAUCCUUAAUUACAAUACAAUUGCGAAUCACUGAAGUUGGAUUCAUUGCAAAACAAAAAUAAAAACAAUUUAGACAGUGCUGAUAUGACCGACUACUUCUGGCCUCUAGGAUAGGAAGGGGGCGUCGCGAAAAAGGGAAAAGGGAGAGGGAACUGAAGAGAUAAAAGCAACUCUCCUUUUUCCCUUUCGCGUUCUUUACUGCCCCUCCCUCCCCUGCCCUCCAACUUCACCCCUGGUGUAGUACCCCAGGGAACAGAAACAGUACGACUGACAUUAAAACAAAGGGUUUAACUAAUUGGGCUGAAUAUCAGUCUCGGGCCUCGUUAGAGCCCUACUGUAACAAGGAAGGAUUCAACGUACUAUGCACCGACAGGAGCUGAUUAUGUGGAAAUGAAAGUCAGCCAGGCCUACAACUAGUUGAAAAGCUGGCUACGGCCCUGGUCAUCAAAUUUCUGCUGAUUUCUUUAAAAACUAACUUGCGACUGUUAGAGACGUGAGACGCAACCCGCAGUUUCCAGGUUGACACUUUUGGAGAGAGGUUUUAGCAGAGCAUUGUCGAAUUUAAACGUGUUUAAAAACACGAUCUUAUUAGGGCAGAACGUACAAGAAUUCAAAACAAAACCGCAUUACUGUAAUCGGGGCUAAUUAACGUCAAGUUUAAAGACAACACUUUCUCCUUCUCUUCUUUCCUAUACUUUAACCUUGGUUAAGAAAAAAAAACACUUCGAAUUAUCGACAAUGGCUUUCACGGGAAAAUAUUCUUUUGCGCGACUCGGAAAACUAAUACGUUUUAAUUAACCAUUUUUCAAAUCAUAAAUGAUAUCGAGUCAAAACGGAAGAGCACUGCAUCCUCUCGUGGCAAUGUGCAUUUUUACCUUUGCACGACCAUGUAGGAAAGUUUAAUUUAGUUAGAAGACGUUCUUAGCAUUCACGAACCUUGACACACUUAAACAGUAUCAAACAGCAUGAUAGAGUCUUUUGCGUAUCGAGGAAAUAUACCGCACAAAAUAUACCUUCAAUAUAUACCUGGCAAAUUAAUUAAAGUUGUCUUGCUCUAAUAUACGGAAGGGUUGAAGCACGUUAAAAAGUGUAAACUGCUACGCAAAUGUACUCAAACACAAAAGUAAUCUAACUCCAAGAGAAAAUUUUAGAACGCCACUCUAGUGUUCUUGUGUCCCGCAUUCGUUUAUCGCCUCUGUUCCUCUUUCAAGAAUACUGAAUAAGAAUCUCUGUACUCGAGAAAUACGGGAAGGUGACUUCGUUAUGGAUGCAUGGGGUCCAACAGCAUGUACUGACUGGCAUGCUAAACUUAUGACCUCAACCUCCUCGUUCUCAAGGUAUGAUUUUACAAUGAAAACAAACUAGCCAAACAAAUCUCCCCAAUCACACCUGAAGCGGCAGCCUAAGAACUUGCGUUAAACUAGAGGCCCUAAGGUUCGUCCAGGCUGAAAUGAGUCUCAAAUGAACAAGCCGGUUAUCACAUCCGCAUGUUUAUACAGCACAUUGCAAUUUCCGUCUCAGUUCCAACACGUCUCAUAUAAAACCGCACAAGGUUAUGCAGCACGUAUAAUUCUGCUGAAGACAACAUUACGGAAUACUGUUUUAGUGCACAUAACAAAGUUGGUUCUCACAAUGCGAUUUUGGCCCAGUGCUGCUUUCUCUGUGGCUCUCAUGGUGCACGGGGCUAAUGGCGCUAAAAUUACAAACAGCUCGACUCCAGUUCGCACCAACAGAAAUGGUGAAACAAUUGUAUUCAACCAGUACAUUGGACAGGGAGUUGAAACUAGCGAUGCUAUCAAGAAACUUGAUGAAAAGUUAGACCAGCUAAUUAAACUGCUACAGCCCCCCGCUUUUCCAGGUAAGAUGCAUUCAACUAUAGCUUCUAAUUUCCAUGACUCCAUCUACGAAAGUUUACAUUUUCUAUGUUCUACUAGUCAAUUUAGCAAUAAGUGCAAGGAAAUAGCGGGCAAAAGCAACCAUGACGACUAAGGCAAAGAGAACGUCAAAACCAAUUGGUUUUAUGAGCAAAAAAAAAAUUGCUCUGCACGUGCAUCACAUUUUUUGGUAUCUUUUUAUCGACGUCCACGGAUCCAGGAUAACAAAGAAAAGAAACCCUGAGCGCUUACCAUUUGUAUGGAAAAACCCGGAAAUUACGGGGAGAAUUCAAAUGUAACGAUUCAUCCUGGUGGAAAUUUUCCGGAAAAAAAGUAAUACCUUUCAAGGUAUUACCUUUUUCCCGUUUUUACCGAAACGACCGAAAUUUUCUGUGCCAUUUGUCUGGAUUACUAGUCCCAGGCUUCAUGUCGAGAGAAAGAGAAAAAUUUACCGGUAUGUUGUAAAUAGUACAACUCAAUCCCGUUCCUGUUUUCGGCACCAAAAAACAUACCAGUAACAUUUGACGGAAACUUUUCACCGAAAUUUCAGUACAAAUGGCAAGCGCUGCCUGAGUACCAUUUACACAAAGGAGCACGAAAUUUCCAAAAAAAGUCAAAUGGUUCACGACAUUGAGUUUACCAAAGCUUUAGAAGAUUUCGACUGUCGUUCGAGGCGAUGUACGGUUUUUCCACUCAUUUUAGUAGCUUUAUCUGAUUUCGCGACAAUUUGAAGCGGCUCUUCUACCACGAGGUCAUAUUAAAUUAAAUCCAUCAAUGUUUCAAUCGGAUGAUGGAAAGCACCAAGACCGAGUCAGUGUUAUCCCGUUUUCCUAUUCUUCGGAAUGGACACUUUGACUUUAGGUACUCAUUAGUACAACGGUUAGCACAAAAUGAUCACAUGACCAUGCUGGCCACAUUAUCAGUGGUCAUGUGACCUAGUACAGUCGCCAUUUGGACAAAGACUGAAACGACUAUUUAAAAGGAUUUACCUUGUUUAAUAAAUUCAUUUUUUGUGACAUACACUGUAGCUAAUAUCGUUAUCUUACUUGUUACAGCUUCAACGUGCAAAGACAUUUAUGAAAAGAAUUUAUAAGUACAAGCGAUAGAAAAUAACCUACUAUAAAAAGACACUGAGCCGCAAAUUUUGAAAUACACUUUUAAAAUCUCUGAGCGUUCCCAACUAAAAUUGCUAAAAUUUCUUCUUAAUUUUCUUUACCAAUUGGCAAGUCAAAUACACGAAAAUCGGGGAAGUCAAAGUUGAGAAGAUUUUCUGGAUAACAAACAAUGGUAACUGCUAUAAAAUCAGUAACAAAAUAUCGACGAAAUUAAAAUAAGAAUUAUAGCAGUAAAUCAAAUACUUAAACACCGAAGGUCGGUAUCAAACGAAGAAAAGAAACUUAAUGAAUUUAUUCAGGAGUGUUCGCUAUAGUCAAUUAUGAUUGUAGAGUACAAAAAGCAAACAUUGGUCCAGAAAUGGUAAAAUAAACUCAAAUAACGAUCACUACUUUUGUGCGAAGAAAAAAAUCAGGAAAAAUGAAAGCACUGACAAUUAACGAAACCCUCAAGAUGAAGGACAGUAUAUGAAUCACUAACUUAAUAGGACUGAGUAAUUUAUCAUUUAAUUAGGAGCAACGCCCAAGACUGGUGACAAUAUAAACAAGGGGAAAAAAGUGAGACGCUAAAGAAGAGUUCUGCUUAUCGACAAAGUCAGCAAUUACAGAGUCACUCGAUAUUCUUAGAUUUCCACUUAGGUUGUCCACUUGAUAUGAAAGACUUUCUCCUCAAUUUCUUUGGGGCCCUUUCUAAGUCAGUUUUUCUAUCACCCCGAAUGAGGCAAUUACUUCAGAAUGAGGUGAACUAAUUGAGUUUUAUUUUUUUUAACCAGGUCUAAAGGAAACAAAGAGUACCUCCUGAACGUUGGAUCUGCAAAGAUUCCCGUAUAUUGUCACAUGACCAAGCAUGGGCUCGACGCAUGCGGAGGAGGAGGAUGGACGCUGGUCAUGAAGAUCGAUGGCUCAAAGGUAUUAAAAGUUAAAUGUUAUCACAAGCAGCUCUGUCAGUUUGUCACGUAAAUUCAGACUAUUAUUAAGGUCAACAUACAGGGUAAUAGUGGAUCUAGUAAGUGUAGGUUUGAUAACUGUUAGCUCGAUGAUUUAUCAAUUCAGUGAAGACCAAGAUGCUGAUAUUAUAUUUGUCAAAUUUUAAAGGAGAAAAGCGAUAGUGCGUUAGCUGAAUAACUUACAUGAUGUUUUCUUUAUUAAUUUAAUCAGAGAACCUUUCACUACAAUUCUAAACUGUGGAGCAACAAAGUCGACUUCAACCUUCCAGGAGGGAAGACUGGGUUGGACACUCACGAGACCAAGUUACCCACUUAUUGGAACACACCCUUUGACAAGAUCUGUCUUGGAAUGAAGAUCGGUCAGCAGUUCAAGUCUGUUGUCAUCAACCAUCAAGCCAGAUCCCUGUAUUCACCGAUCGCAGAUGGCAAAUACCGAGCUACUUCACUGGGCCGUAACACGUGGAAGACGCUUAUUGGGUCUCGGGCCUCUUUACAAUCCAACUGUAACAAAGAGGGAUUCAAUGCCAUAGGUGCCAGUACUGCACACAGCAAAGCGAGAAUUGGUAUCCUUGGGAACAAGCAAAAUGAUUGCAACAGCUGUGACACCAGAAUCGGGUUCGGCACUGGAGGGCACAGUGAUGACUCCAACACGUGUGGCAACCAGGACAAAGCUAUGGGAUACAUCUUGGUCCGAUAA